CCGCCCCCCUCGGCUGUCUCUAUGCGACCCAUGUCCCUCGUGCCACGUUACGUCAUAUGAAAUUCACCCAGUUUCCGAACUAAAGACGUUUUAACCGUUUGAAGUGAACCAACAGUCGAGUGGAGAAGAGCGGAUCCAAGCAGCCACCACUGGAGGGCGAAGAUGAAGCUGAAUUCAUUAUCUGUGAUAUGUCUGUCACUACUUUUGUUUCAUACCCAUCUUUCACUGGCCAGGAAGGGAGGAGGAGGCGGUGGCUUUGGGAAAGGUGGUGGCUUUGGGAAAGGCUCCGGCACAAAGUCAAAGUCUCCCCCGUCCAACCGAGGCAGCACCCACACUAACACUAAUCAGGGCUCCAACUCUCAGGGUUGGUACCCCAAACAGCCUGGACAACCCAAUCAAGGAGGCUACCCUCCGCAAUCAGGCAGACCUGGGUAUCCGGGUAGUUACCCCCAGCAGCCGGGUGGAAGAGGCUACCAGUAUCCAGCACGGGGCUCCCCAUACGGAGGAGGCUAUGGUGGUUAUGGUGGUUAUCCAGGUGGAUACAUCAACCAAAACCCAAACAACCAAAUCCUGAGCCCUCGCUAUGGUGGCAGCUUUGGUUACGGGGGCCGCGGUGUUGGGGGCGGCUCUCCCUUUUCCCAAUCAGUUCAUGCAAUGGGCGUGCGUCCCAACGAUAAUUCCAGAGGGUUUGGGCGCAGUGCGAUGAUGGCAGCAGGUGGAGGGGCUAUAGUAGGAAUGGCCCUGGGCUACGUAGGAAGGUUCCCCCGUCCUCCCUUCAACUUCCACAACUCCCAGGAGGAGUAUUACUACAACAACUACAUGUACAGGAAAUAUGGUGCGAGGUCUACCGACACCAACGACUACAGCAGAGACUACAGGUACAGCCAACUCCCUGAGACCUAUGACGGCUACAUGGACGCCUGCAUGAAGAGGACAGACCUUCUGCCUGCAGGGAACCGACAGCCAAACAGCAAACCUGCUGCCACAACUACAACCACAACCACUGUUGUCACCUCAGGUCCGCACACUGGCACAGGCAGCAACACGGAGGAGGUCAAUAGCACUGCACCUUCAACUCCCAGCCCUCUAAAUCAGCCUGAAGUCAAUCCUGUGCCUUCUCAGGCUGUCAGCACUGAUGAAGACGAUGAUACAGUCAGCAUCGUGGAGAUCGGCUACCCAGCACUGAUCAAUCAGCUGAAGGUCCGGAGAUGCAUAGAGCUGUACAUGGUUUACUCUGAAAAGUACUUGAAGAGACAAACCGGAGGGGUGCAGGGACUGGAGAUGGGCUCGCGAGGGCUUUUAGCUGUGGUCACCAGUACUAUACUGAUGCUACUGAAUAGCAACAUGCUAAUGCUGCUGCACUGACGCUUUCAUUAGCAGUGAAAGUGAUGGAGAAUGUGCUAAAGGAAUUAAGUAAAUGGAUGGAAAAUUAUUAGGGAGAAAGAAACCUUUUUUUCCCUUUUCUU